GCGCGGCGGGCGUCGGGCUGCGCCGCUGACCUUGCUCGUCGUCCCCGUCGCUCCGGUGCCCGCGGCAGCCAUGGCGCCCGCCAGGAAGUUCUUCGUCGGCGGCAACUGGAAGAUGAACGGGGACAAGAAGAGCCUCGGGGAGCUCAUCGCCCUCCUCAACGGGGCCAAGCUGCCCGCCGACGCCGACGUGGUGUGCGGGGCCCCCACCAUCUACCUGGAUUUUGCCCGCCAGAAGCUGGACCCCAAGAUCGGCGUGGCGGCCCAGAACUGCUACAAGGUGCCCAAGGGCGCUUUCACGGGCGAGGUGAGCCCGGCCAUGAUCAAGGACUGCGGCGCCACCUGGGUCAUCCUGGGCCAUUCCGAGCGGAGACACGUGUUCGGGGAGUCGGAUGAGCUGAUAGGGCAGAAGGUGGCCCACGCCCUGGCCGAGGGGCUGGGCGUCAUCGCCUGCAUCGGGGAGAAGCUGGACGAGAGGGAAGCGGGCAUCACCGAGAAGGUGGUCUUUGAGCAAACCAAGGUCAUCUCAGACAACGUGAAGGACUGGAGCAAGGUGGUUCUGGCCUACGAGCCCGUCUGGGCCAUCGGCACGGGGAAGACGGCCACCCCCCAGCAGGCUCAGGAGGUCCACGAGAAGCUGCGCGGCUGGCUCAAGAGCCACGUCUCGGACGCCGUGGCCCAGUCCACCAGGAUCAUCUACGGAGGCUCGGUGACAGGGGGCACCUGCAAGGAACUGGCCUCCCAGGCCGACGUGGACGGCUUCCUGGUCGGCGGGGCCUCCCUCAAGCCCGAAUUUGUCGACAUCAUCAACGCCAAGCACUGAGUACCCGCCGGGGACCAGGGACCAGCCCCCCCACCCCGAUGCUUGUGCUAGAAAAGCCCCCCACCCUCCACCCCCCAUCUUCUUCGUCUUACUCUCCCGCACCUCCCCUCUCCCCUUCGCACCCUCCCCGGCCCCAACGUAGGCCAGCCCCUCUGGUCCUGGCCCCGAGGGAGGACCAAGCCUGGCGCCGCUGUGCCAUCACAGGGGCCAGAGGCGGCGGGGGGCGUGGGGGCUCUAAACAGUCGCCCGUCCACAGUCCCGGUUCCUCCCACCCCCUCGCGGUCCAGACCCACUUCCUGCGGGCUGCGGCGAUGCCCACCUUGUGUGUCGCGUGUGCGUGUACGCGCGUGGGGGGGGGUGAGCGGCCCCUGCUUGGGGCAGAAAUAAAAAAAACAAAAAACCGUGGA